GUGCCUCAAUUAGAUAAAUUCACUUAUUUCACACAAUUCUUCUGGUCAUGCCUUUUCCUCUUUACUUUCUAUAUUGCCAUAUGCAAUGAUGGAGAUGGAGUACUUGGGAUCAGCAGAAUUCUAAAACUACGGAACCAACUGGUUUCACACCGGGAGACCAACAUCCGGAGCAACGACCCCAAGAGUUUGGAGGAUAUCUUGAGAAAAGGUUUUAGCACCGGUGUAUCCUAUAUGUACUCCAGUUUAUUCGAAGUAUCCCAAUGGUGUAACGCCGUCGACUUAUUGGGAAAAAGGAAGAAGAUCACUUUGAUCUCUUGUUUCGGAGAACUAAGUGGCUCACGAGGAAUGGAAAGAAAUAUAUUCUAUUUGAUUUCGAAGUCCUCAUAUAGCACUUCUUCCAAUCCUGGAUGGGGGAUCACUUGUAGGAAUGACAUAAUGCUAAUGCAUGUUCUACACAGCCAAGGAAGCAUCGGGUUUUAA